AUGGCAUAUUCUCCAUACGACUCUCCAUACGACAACACCUACAGUCGUCCUCGCAGACAGUCGCUCGGAUACAGAGCGACCACCCCUGUUAACUACCCUUAUGAUCGGCUGGGCGCGACGUACAGUGAGCCAAUGCUGCACGGAGAGUACUAUGAUCGGCCAUCCUACCCUAUGUACUCGUCCACACCCAACCGCAGCGUGCAUUAUCUCCCAUCAUUGUAUGAUGAUGCAGAUUAUAUGGAUACGGGUGUCUAUCCGCCUGUCGUGCAGCCCUUGGGAAUGGGUAGACCACGUCGAUCGUCAUCAAGAUCUUACUCGCCAAUACCACCAUCAUUUUCGGACCCAUUCCGCAGACAUAGUGGCAUAGUCAAAUUCAAGCGCAAGGGUGCCUUCCGGGGCGGACUCACCCUUGGUGAAGCACAAGCCAAUGUCCGAUUGGCUGGCUGGGACUCGUACUCCUUCAAUGACCUCGGUGUUGAUCACCGAGGCAAGAUCUACGUGAAGAUCGCAUGGCCUGGAUAUUCACCACUCAAUUACGAGAUACCUGUUGACGGGUAUGGGGGACGCAUUGACCUUCAGUCGUUGGCGCGAAGGAUCGGACGUGCGGUUGCACAUUACCUUCAGGCCAACGUCAUCCCCAUACCAUGGGAUCGCAUCGAGCUGCAGCAUAUGGAAGAGGUCAGCAUGGGUACAUGGCUUCUCAAGAUGAACACCAACUAA